CUCUUAGAAUCUUCGUGCACUCAUUGGCCAACAUCUGCGUUUGUCUUUGUGAGAAAGAAGUUUUACUGGAAGAAGUUGUACAAAAUUGUAGGUUGUUUUUGUUUCAAAAUCAAAAAAAAAUCUGAGAAAAAACGUGUAAAACUUAAGAGCAUGAAACUUUGGCGUGAACAGCAAGAAGCUACUUUCUUCGAGAUGAGUUGAUAACGUUAGCUGGAUGAUGUUGACAAAAUGCUAACAAACGUAACAUUAGUUUUCCCAGUUUGAAGAAAUGACAGAGCAGGACGUGAUAGCGGGAUGCAGCAUUGACGUAUUGGUCAGUUUCGCAGAGUCACUGCACAUCUACACAGGACUUUUAACUGUGGCUACAGUGUGUGGAGGGCUUUCGGGAAUAUUAGCUGCUGCUCUGUUAUAUGUCUUCUGCCUGAAGCCUUUGCUGUUGACGAGACAAGGUCACAAUGCUAGGCGGCUGCUUGAGCCCGAUGAUGGAGAAUUAGACAACAACCAAAGUGAUUGUAUCAGCAACAGCAGGAAGGAGGCUCCAAGUGGCACCACAAAGGAAAAAGUCCAGGAAAAGAAACAGCCACCCGUGAGCAGCGAUGUGGCUGCAUUUGCAUCAAGAGCAAAGGUGGUUUAUCCCAUCAACCAAAAAUACAGACCUUUAGCAGAUGGAGCGUCCAAUCCAUCACUGCACGAGCACUCCAAGUUGCCAGCAAUGCCUAACAAUGACUCAUCGUCCUCCACUGACGGAGACUCUCUGAGCCAAGAGCAGGACAACGAUGACAACAGCAGUCAGUUUAUCUCGUCCUCGCUGGUUCCCAAGAGCCUGCAGAACCAGAGCUUCAUCAGGGUCUCUCACUACCCUCAGACACUGACACAACAAGGUUUUGAAGGCAGGAUCAGCCUUUACUGUUUGGCCCUGCAGGAUAUACAACAACAGUGCUCCCAGCUUCAGGAAGAAAAAUGUCUUAUGUUUCUUCAAAUGCUAAAAGUAAUAUUCAGCAGCCGUUUUCCAAAAGACAAAAAUGAUGCUGAACUCUCCAAGAAUAUUCUUCAAAUUCAAGAAAAGGAACUGAAUGAACUAAAGAAACAGUUGCCAACUGGCCACAAUGACAGUGAGAAAGAUUACAAUGCUCCCUGUACUUUGGAGGAAAUAGAGAGAGCCCAAAAAGAUCUUCUUGAACGUGGCCUUCAAGUGUCCAGAGGUUUCAGCAGACAGGUGGAGGACAUGUGCCAGCAUCUGCUGAAAAAGAACAGCAUUUUCUCUUCAGAUGAAGCUCAGGAAGUGAUUCUCUCUCUGAUCAAGACUCUUCUGUUAGUAGAGAACCACCUGAUGAACACACAAGAAGCGGAUCUCAAUCGGAUCCAGGAGAAGUUGCUGUGGUGGGAGGAGCUGGCGGGGCUUAUUCAGUCCCAACCUGCCUUGCUGAAGAGGGAAGUGUCUCUAAGGCAGGGCUUGAUAGCAACAACACUGGAGCAGCUCACGAGCGAUGAUGUGUUGAGCUUUAGCCACAUGGAAAAGAUCCUUUCAGAGGUUCAGGUCACUCUGACCGAAGGUCUUCAGCAGUGCACUGAGGAGUGCACGAGGAAGACAAAGCAGCUGGUGAAUGACAAGUGCAGCCGAAUGGAGUCAAAGAGGAAGAAGCUUUUGAGGAGCCAGAUCAAGGAGAAGAGCCGCGCCCUGGAAUUGAAACAGCCUCACGGAGACAUCCAGCAGCUCACCAAGGUGUAUCUGGAGCUGCUGAUGAAACACAGGCAGCAGAUUUCUGAUUUGGCGCAGCAGCAGGAAAACAGGGUGGCUGAAUCCCUCUGUGACUAUUGGAAGAAACUCCGUACCUCCUGGUCAAAAAAGAUCGGAGAGCAAGCCAAAGAUGUGUUUCUCACCUCUGUCGCUGCCCAGUCAAACGUCUCAGCUGAGCGCUGCGAGAGGCUGUGGUUGGAUCUGGAGCAGGAGCUGGCGGAGCAGCUGCUGCAGGCGGAGUGCACCACCAAGCUGCAACUGGAGGACAUGAGGGCGCAGCUGGAUAGAGAUGGACAGGUGUGGAGUGAGGAGAUGGCUUUGGUGCAGGCCUGCCUCAAACAUCUGAGUGAGCAACAGAUGACCAUCCUCAGAGCCAUGCUGGCCAGACAGAGCUACACGCUCAACAGCCACGUGGGGAUGUUGAUGGAGAAGAAACAUGAGCACCUGUUGGUGGUGGUGCAGAGGUACUUUGUGGUCAGGCACUUCUGUCUGCACAUGCUGAAGGAGAUGAGACUGUCCAAGCUGAAGUCACUGUCUCAGACUGAUUUCAGAGCUGUGCUAAUGGAAGAUCCCAGUAAAAGCCAGUCCUGUGUCAAUUCAACUCUCAAGAAUAGCAGUGCUAGCCUAGCAGAGAGGCACCUGGGUCCAGAGAGUCAGCUGGUGGGCCACAGCUUCCAGCAGGAGUUCCUUUCUGAACUGGAAACGGGGACAGAGCUUCUACAGAGCCAUGCACAGCUAGUGCUAGGCAACGCCCUCAGCCAAGCCAUCCAACAGAUGAUGGAGACCCAACCUACUGAGUCGCAGGGUUCUCCGAAACAGGACGAUGGCUUGAAGCGCCACCUGAUAGAGACUGCCUCUGAGAGCGUGUAUGUGACCAAAGAUUCCCUCACUGCACUGGUCCAAAGCUACUAUUCCCAACUACAGGACAUCAUCAAAAAAUUACAGCAGGAUCAGGAAAACAUCAACCCAGAGGUGAAAGAGAAACAAGAGAGCAGCAGUCAGCUAAGCAGAUCCUUGCUGAGGGAGCUGGUGAACUGGGGCAAGAAACCCACCUCUGCUGAGUUUCAACAAAGGGUUGAACUCCACAAGAGGAAGGUGCUGGAGCAGUGUGAUCUGGACCAGGAAAUGAUAUAUGAGGAACUGAGGCGGAAGAAAGUAACCCAGGAUCAGAACAUGGAAAAAAUCAAAUGGCAGAUCAUGGACGCAGAAGAAGGCUUUAUAAGUGAGAUGGCGGCCUUGGCCCGAGUUUCCCUCCGCAGUCCUGACCCAGAACCCAGCGGUGAAGAGGACAACAAUGGUUACCAGGGUGCUGCUAUAUUGGACCUGCUUGCACUGAACCCAGCCUUAGAUCCAGCCUUGAAUCCUUCUCUGACACCAACAGUUGUAGCUCCCGUGAUGAAAACCAAACCAAAGAAGAAAAGAGAACGAGAAUCUCAUCUCAGCUGAAACCUUCACAUUUUACAUAUUCAUGUCUUGCUGGUGCAGUAUGAAAUAAUGCCACUACUGUUCUGUUUCCUUGUGCACAGUGACUCGACUGGCGUAUGUAGUUUGUUAGAAAAAAAUAGGGUCAACAAAGUCUGUGGAUUAUCUUGAGCAACUGGGUCAUGUUUUUGGGGCUCUGAGCACCACAAGCCAAGUGGCAUCACUGGGUCACUAACACCAACACCAUCUCGAUAAAUAGCUCUGCAGGUUAAAGGGAAAAUGUGUAUUUUUGCCUUUUUAAGUAAGAGGUAUUUGUACGUUAUUGAAUGUUCAGUCUAAUCUUGAAGUGUUUUGCUGAAAUCGUUUUACAAUGUCAAAAAAGAUACUAUACUAUAUUUGUACUCGUUUUAUAAUGUUGUUUACCAUUUACCAUCAAAUAAUGCAAUAAAAAUAUAAAGGCAUAUUAUCUUUUGAAUGCAUUAUUUAUCUUUUGUACUUUUCCCCCGGUAUACAGAAGUACCAUGCUA